CGCGGGUUUGCCCCGGAUGUAUUUCUAGACAAAGCCACACAAAUGGCUAACUGUUAUUAUUUAUGUUAGAACUCUCCGAUUAUAUUUGCGUUUAUAAAUUGGUUUUUAACUUCAGAAUUUAAAGCCUCCGAAGCUUUAAGACCAUGCCUAUUGCUUGCUCUGCCGUCGGAUGUACAAACCGAUUCGUUAAAGGCUCCGAGAUCAGAUUUUACAGAUUCCCCAUCAGCAAGCCACAGUUAGCAGAGCAGUGGGUGCGAAGCCUCGGGAGAAAAAACUUUGUCCCGUCCACCAACUCAUGUCUGUGCUCAGAGCAUUUCCUGCCCAACUGCUUCCGCGAUUAUAACGGCAAACAGUUCCUGAGGGAAGAUGCCGUACCUACCCUUUUCUCACACUCUGCCAAGGACGGGGCAGAUGGUACUAAGAUUGAAUUACGGAAGAACCGAUCGGGUUUGGGGACGAAAGAAGAAUCUCGUUCUGGCUCCAUUUCUGAUGGAGGCAAACAGCAGUUGACAAAAGAGAGGAGACAAGCGGCAAGAGAUUCUGGCCAAAAGGGUAAAGCAGGAAAUGAUGCGUGCAAGAGACGUGGGGGGGUGAAGGUCUCAUCCACCGACAGGCAGGUCAUACCGGGUAAGAGUAAAGUGUACGAUAGCCGAGGUCUGCUGAUCUCCUGUGGCCGAGACCUGUGCGACUGCUUGGAUGAGGACUGCAUGGGCUGCUUCUACCCCUGUCCCAACUGCAGCUCCCGCAAGUGUGGCGUAGAGUGUCGAUGUGACAGGAAGUGGCUGUAUGAGCAGGUGGAAGUGGAGGGGGGCGAGAUCAUCCGGAACAAGUUUGCCAGCUAACGAGCAAGGAAAGAACAUUGCAGUGCUGUCGGGGUUCCAUACAUCGAAGAAUUGUGCUUGAUUUCAUCUGUUCAGCAUAUUAUAAUAAAGGGUCUGAAAAAUCCAAAUCCUACAGAGACAUUUCUGGCUUUGUAAGUUGGAGAGUUUUCUGUGCAUCAACCAGCGUUCUCUAGAAAUGAAAGAACUGUCAUACUAUACAGAUAUGAAUUUAACACUAUGAUGUCUUUGGGAUUAUUUACGUUUCUGUAAAACCGAUUUCUUCUUUUAUCUGAUGAUGAUAUUUGAUCGGUUGACUGUUGGUUCUUUUAAAAUCCAUUCAAACACAAGCUCUUUCCUUACAUUGUAAAUCUCAUACGAACGAUUUCCGUCUUUUCUGGCUUGAACUUCAUCUUUCAGUGUCUGAUGUUUAUUUAAAUCUUAACAAAAAUUUUAUUCGUAUCAUCUAAACGUUGAUAACUUGCUGAACUCUGGUCUCACCGAUGGUCUAAACAUGAGUUUGUUGGUUAUUUGUCCCGAUGUUAAUAAAAACAAAUACCCACA